GUCAGUUCCUCUUCGGCUGUUGAAGUUUUGUAGUUCCUGUGUAGUUGACCUGUCAGCGUUGUAGUACAAGCUGUCACUGCUGAAUUUCUUCAGUUCGUCGCGUUGUGGUAGUUUUUCGCCAGCAACACAGCGAGAGCUGGACACACAGAACAGCGCGUACUUAACGUCGUUGCUUUGGUGAGCUAACCGACGAGAUAACGACUAAAGUCGGCUUGCAAACAAACAAGCUGAACUGCUAGCUUGCUAGCUAGCACUGUACUGUAGCUACCAGUGUGAGCUGCCUUUUGGCACUUAGCUAGCCGGGGUACUGGCAGUGCAAGGCUCGGAAGCCGCCCACUCCUGCGGAGCAGCAUUCCGGACAAUAGAGUGAAGGGUAAGUGAGCGGAAAGCUGUUUGUCUUGAGCUGAUUUAACCAGACAGUUAGCAUAUUGAUUAUAAAGCUCUUUGCCAAAGGGAUAAAGCGUCCAGCAUGGCAGGGUUUGGAAACAAAGCUGUACAUACAACUGUUGUACACACAAGUUCAGCAGCAGCAGCAGCAGCUCCGGUCGGCUGUCUUGGUCACCGGUAACUGCUGCCAUUACUUCCGACGACUUUGGAGUCUGUCCUCCUGACCUCGCCUUAGUGACUUACUGAAACUCACCUGCAGACACGGGGAACAUUUUGUGAAAUUCAGCUACAGCCUUUGGUUCUCAAAGUGUGGUCCGGGGACCAGCUGGAGGCCAAAAACGGCUUCCAGCAGGGUAUUAGCAAAUCUUUAUUAUAAGUACAGUUAAAAAUGAAAUAGUAGGGGGUUUGUUUAUCACUAUUUUGACUGUCAACCAAGCAGAAAUUUUACAUUCAAAACUGAAAUAAUUUGCUUAUUAAUCAAAAUAGUAGAAAGAAAAGAAUUGUCAUCCAUUUUGUUACCAGAUUUAUCUUUUUAAUAUUAGGCAAAAUCACAAACAUUGUCUGGUUUCAGUUUUUUUGAAGAGUGGAUUUGAGGUAUGAGACUGUUUAUAAUAAUAUAAAAUUCUUCACAAUUAUCUGUUAUUUUAAAAAAAAGAACAAUUUACCAAAACUUUUUACAUCUUUUGAGAAAUAGUCUGAACAAAGUUACAGGGAAUGUCUUAAAUCACUGUUGCAAAGUAUCUGGUUAGACCAGACUUGGCAAUAUGCUUUUGUUGCGGUCUUAUUAUAGCAGCCUUUUCCACGGAUGAUGACAAAUGCAGCUCAUGUAAAUCUUGUCUGUCAGUGUGUGAGAGCCCUGCAGGGCUUCUCACCCUUUCUGCUCAGCUGUUACCAAGAGAGAAAGAGGCAGGGAAGUUCUUGCAUAAGCGGGCAAUGCUGGAUCAGGUAUCUGUCACCACUUGUGCACUACUAUGUUUGUCACUCAUUGUACUGAGUCGCACUUUCAUAACUGAUGACGCAGCAGCACAAGUCCUGUCAAGAGUUGGCAAGAAUAAAUCACGAGAUUAAGGAGAAGCAGAGUUAGAAGUUUCCUUACAGGGCCCUCCCUUCAAUGACCUGUCAAAGGUCGCCUCAUCCUAUGUGGCGUGAUGGAAUGUGUGGAAUGGGGCAGAGCCUUAAUUCAACACAGGAACCCUUUCAUUAGGAUAUUAGCUGUUGUGGGUUUUGUUGCCACCUUUUUAACUGAUAAACUGGAUUGCAUGUUAUCAGUGUGGACGGUGUUUGGAAUAGUCCUCAUGAUCUCAGUAGUCUAUCAUUUUUACAGGUCCUAGUUUUGUUCUUCCCGGAGAAAUAAUAGGAAAACAAUAGGCCCUUCAAAAAGUCUGAUCAUUGGACCUUUUCUGGUGUAUCUCAUUCAUAACCUCAAGGUUUUUUUGUCAGAAAACUGAAUGCAUUUUGAUAAAUUAUUAUUUAACACUGGUCAUUUUCAAAAAAGAAAUGUCUAACAUAAUGUAACAGUCUGUGACCUGGUCAGAUGAAGACCUUAAAGGGAUAUUGCGGUGUAAAAUUAAUUUAGGGUCAAACACACUGUAACACAGAGUUAGACACCCCCUCGAGAGAUGAAUGUUGCCGACCGCUUGCUUCUCUAGUUUAGUAACGAGUGCAGGAUAGCAAUACACAGCGGUCUGAGGAGCCAUAAACAAACCUCAACCAAAACUCCACUCUAUAGCCACAAAUAAUGCUCAGAACAGCACCUAACUUCAUCAACAGUAUAUAUAGGGUUCCAGCUUCAGCACUAGCCACCAAACAUCUUUUUAACUUUGCCUGACUUCUUUAGCAAAGAGACCCAACACAACUCACGUACUCUCUUCCAGCAGCUGCUUGUUUGUAGAGAGACGUCAGGCCAGUCCAUUACGGACUACAGUGGGGUGACGCAGCUCAAGGAAGAACAAUUUUGAUAAUUUUUUCAAUGGAAAUACAAUCAGACUGAGACGCUAAGGCAGAAGAAAUACCAUGUGUGCGUUGCUAAAUGAUUCAUAUGGUAAUUAUUACUUCAAGGAAAUGAUAAAGAAAUGAUCAUAAAUGUUCUUCCUUGCGCUGUGUCACCCCGAUGCCGUCAAUGAUGGACUAGUCCGAGGUGUCGCUACAAAAAAGCGGCUGCUGGAAGAGAGAGCGUAAGUUGUGUUUAGUCAAAAGAAGAAAGAAAUUAGGGAAAGCUAAAAAGAUGUUUGAUGGCUAGUACUAUGGCUGGGACUCUAUAUGUACUGUUGAUGAAGUUAGGUGCUGUUCUAAGCAUUGUUUGCUGCUAUAGAGUGGCGUUUUGAUUUGUUACUAAAGUUGGUAUAACUGGAGAAGCAAGCGGUCGGCAACAUUAAUCUCUCGAUGGGGUGUCUAACUCGGUGUUACAGUGUGUUUUGAAUGAUGUUGCAAGCCCCUGUAUGUAGGACUUUAGCAUAAACACAUCUGUUCAACAGUUGAAAAAUGAUGCCUUUGUCUAUUUAUUUAUCAGUAAUUAUUGGUUUUUUUAAGCGUUGAAACAGACAUGGAAAGAUAUUUUUAUUUGACUUUAUUCUUUUUUUUCCUGAUAUUUUCUUGACAAGCAGUCGAUAGGAUGAUUGAUAAGAAAAGGAGCGAUUAAACCAGUGAUCAUAUUGGUAAAUAAAUAUUCAGCAAUUCUUAAAAGAAUGUCUCCUGCAGACACCAUUGACAUUAAAGUUGUUAAAAACCUACGUGUGCACUUUUUCUCAAAAAUCCUCACAAAGUUUGAAGUAACUUUAGGUCAUGUUGCACGUGAUGAUGUGUUAUUGCUUUAGCUCAAGACACAUCAUCAUGGUCAUUGCACAGUCACAAGAAAGUCAUCCAGCUGGCUGUUCUGCUCUAAACAAAGUCAGCUGGAGUCUGGGCGAGCAGAGUUGAACCUCCUCAAGCCAAAUGUGAUGUUAACUUAUUUUGGGGUCACACUAAAACUACAGUAAAGAAGAUAUCCCACAGGUAAAUUUUUGUAUGAUAGAGAACACGUGUUUUUGCAUCAGUGGGUGGUUCAAAGUUGAAACAAGUGGUGUGAGCAGUGAUGUCAGAUUUUGAGUUUUUUUGACUGAGUGAACAGCUGUGGUUCACAGACGUGACACACUGUUCUUUCUCUCUCUGUCACUGGGUGAAAGUUGACUGUCAUUUAUGAUGACACUUGCUGUCUUGAUUAACAGUCUCUCUGCACUGUAUGCUAUGUUGAGCAUAUGACAGUCCUGUAGUGCACAGUUCAUGGGCAGAACAUGAUACAGUGUCUGGAUUUGUGUCAGUGCGGGGCACACAAGUUCAAAUCCUGAGUGUAUUUUUAAUCAGUGUUGUCUUCAACAAAUCCAAUGAGUACAAACCACAGACAGUGUUUUUCUUUUGUACAAGCUGCUUGAGUUGCUCAGUUUGCUCAUUGUAUGAGUGCUAUCCCUACCACGUUCAGGGCCUUCGACUGACUAAGGCACAAUGACUACACGAGGUGGUAUGUUACUCACUGGACAGCACAUGAACACACACAGUGGGGUAUUGACAGAAUUGUAGAACGUAUGAAAAUAAUUUAAAACAACAAUUGAAAUAACUGACAUGAGCAAAAUUGUUUUGAUUAGAGGCCCUGAAUGUCAAAAUGCCAACUCUAAUUAGUGUGAUCUUUCUUUUGUAUCCAACUGUGAAGUCUAAUCAGUGUAUGGUGAUGUUGAAUUCAACAGUUUUUAAUUGUCUUGGCUUGUGACACAGAUGGAGGCCCAGAGCUCCAGCGGACUACUGCUGUCCAGAAAGAGGAAAAGAGAUGGCUCCAACGGCGAGACCGAGGAAGGAGAGAGGCUUGGGAAAAUCCCCAGGUGUACUGUGGUGAGUCAGUAGUUGAGUUGCCAUUGAGCAAAGGUUUGAUAAACACUUUCUUUUAGCUUAGAUCAGUGGUUCUCAAGUCCAGUCCUCGAGGCCCACUGUCCUGCAUGUUUUGGAUGUUUCCCUGCUCCAACACACCUGAUUCAGAUGAUUAGCUCGUUAUUAAGCCAUUACAAAUCUUUCCCUUUUUUGUUGGGUGUUUCAGGGAUUGAAGCACCCUGCUCCUUUCGCAGACGAGCUCGUGCCAGCUGAUGAUAAACCCUAUGAGAGAGUCAGCAUGGACGAGGCCAAGAGGGGAACACCACGUGAGUCUGACUCCUUAAAUCUCUCAGUUUGUUUUUAUCAGUAGUCAGUUUUUUUUUCUCAGCAUAUUCUAGUAUCAGGUUUCAGAUUCACUCUGUGCAGAACAAAUCUUACAUUCCUGCGUGUCUCACCUCGCCUCUCUCCGUCCAGUAGAAAGACCAGUGCGGGUGUAUGCAGAUGGUAUCUUUGAUGUUUUCCACUCAGGACACGCCCGAGCACUCAUGCAGGCUAAAUGCCUCUUCCCAAAUACACACCUCAUUGUUGGAGGUAAGUGUGGGUCCAUGGAUGUCUCUACUGGUCCUCCCCAAGGUUUCUGCCCGUUAAAAGAAAGUUUUUCCUCGCCACUGUCACUCAUGUUCGAUGAGAUGGGUCAAAUCUGUCCCAUCUUAAGGUUGGAUCUUGGUAAUUGAUCAAACAAUGAACGUGGUCUAGACCUGCUUUUUUUUUUGGAAAGUGUCUUGGGAUAACAGCUGUUGUGAUUUGGCGCUAUAUAAUUCAAUUUGAUUUGAUUGAUUCAUUGAUUUGAAACCUAAUGAUAUGGUAGACCUGUUUAAGUCACAGCAAAGACAUUUCAAACAGUAACUUCUGUUUUAUUUCUUUAUCAUUUGCAGUGUGCAGCGAUGACCUGACCCACAAAUACAAAGGCUUCACAGUAAUGAAUGAAGACGAGCGCUACGACGCCAUCAGACACUGCCGCUAUGUGGAUGAGGUGGUGCGAAACGCUCCCUGGACGUUAACGCCAGAGUUCCUCGCAAGACAUCGAGUGAGUUGAUGAAACAGAACGUUUGCAUUCAGUCCUUCACUGCUUUAUUAUUUUAGUCUGAUUAUCUUAUAAGAUAAUUCAGAUGUAUUGGUUUGAACUUUGUGUAUAUGAAUGUUGAUGUGUGUUGUGAUGACCUCUAGAUCGACUUUGUGGCUCAUGAUGACAUCCCGUACUCCUCAGCAGGCAGUGAUGAUGUGUACAAGCACAUAAAGGAGGCUGGUAAGUGACAAAGUAGUCAAGGAUGGUGGAGUUUAAAUGAUCACACAAUACAGCUUAGCUUAAACUCACAUAGGGGGUCUGUACUUUGCUGUAUAAUAGAGUAUAUUUUAAAUCAUUUUAAAAUUUAAGCUUCUUAAAAUGAGAGUGAGUAGGAGUAUGACGGAUUUAAUCCAAUCUCGUUUUCUUUUACUCGUUGUUUUUCCUCAGUAACAAAGCUGUGUUUGGUAUCCUUCCAUCUCACUGACCCACUUAACUCUUCACAGGAAUGUUUGCUCCAACCCAGCGGACAGAGGGUAUCUCCACCUCUGACAUCAUCACCCGCAUAGUCCGUGAUUACGACGUUUACGUCAGACGCAACUUACAGAGAGGAUACACAGCAAAAGAGCUCAACGUCAGCUUCAUAAAUGUACGAAACGUACCUCUGGCUUAACCCUGUGAGGGCUUCAGAAAAGCAUAAGAGUCAAGAAGUCUCAGUAACAGAUUACAAUGUAACAGUUGCAUUCUCUGUUCAGGAGAAGAAGUACCACCUGCAGGAGCGCGUGGACAAGGUGAAGAGGAAGGUGCGUGAUGUGGAGGAGAAGAGCAAAGAGUUUGUCCAGAAGGUGGAGGAGAAGAGCAUCGACCUCAUCCAGAAGUGGGAGGAGAAAUCCAGGGAGUUCAUCGGCAACUUCCUGCAGAUGUUUGGCCCUGAGGGAGCUCUGGUGAGGAAGCAGUUUUUUUUUUAAAUGACUGUUUAAUCAAGAAGAGGGACUAAGAACGCCUAUUUAUUUACACUGUGACGGCUUUAGGAAGGAAAGGAAGGCAACAUCUUUCAUACAUAUAUUUCUAUCAGUCAAUAUUCAACUGUUCAUUUUGUUCAAAGUAGAACUGAGAGAGGACAUACUGAUUUGUUUAGGGUUUGGAACAUAAAGUGAAGGACUUGGAUAGGCUCGGGUUUUAACUGUGUUCCUUCAAUAGCAACAGCUCUGUUUCUCCUCUGUGCCGGUAUGAGCCUAACCACUGACCGCCCAGAGGUCUUAAAAACAUUCCUGAACUUAAAGGUGUCCAUCACCCAAACACUGACGGUAUGCUAAUAGAAAUGACAAAGUUCUGUGAAUUCCAGUGUAACUUGUGAUCAGGUCUGCAUGCCUGCAUCAGGACAAACACACAUCAGUCAGAGAUCAGUGUUAUUAUGAUCUCUGUGUUUGUUUCAUAUUUUUGAAACGUGGUGUUAGACUUGUGGUGAUCUUGCUUAUUUUCUCCUGCCGAGUUUUAAACAAGCAGUGCGACUCCAACAGUAUCCCACUAGUUAGCGCAUCAUAUGUGAUUUUUUUAGAUGUAAAAAAAUGAAGGUCUGUAUCAAGUGUUUGUAGUUUUACUGGGGAAAUAUCAGCCUGGCCUCUCACUAGUCAGGAGCAGGGACUUCCUGGUGGCUCAAAGACCCAAUUUAAAUCUCCACCCUAAUGUCUCAGUGCUCAACCCUUGCCCCACGUGUCUCAAAGUCCAUGAAUCAGUGAGUGUUAGGAUUGGGAUUAGGCCAGUAUUACAACAUAAUUGCAAGUGAAGCAACAGCGAUGCCAGGAAGCACCUGAGAAAACCAGGGUCAAUGUUUCUCUCCUUUAUUCUGAGCUGGGCUAAUGACCUGUUGGCUCACGUAGAUUUACGGCACAAACAUCAGAGUGGUUUCUAUCACACUCAUGUUAUAUUUUGUUUUUGUCAGCUAUCUCAGACACUGAGUUGGCAAUCAUUAAAUACUCUGGAGAGCUGUUGAGUCUUCCGGUCUGUAUAAUAGGUUAGGCUGAUUACUUAAUGACUCUAUCUCAAAGCAGCUGGACGGAGUUUUCAUUUUCUGUUGAUUUUGGCGGCCACUAUGGACAAAAGCGGUAGUGUUUUAGCGUGAAUUGUCUAAAGCAGUGGUUUUCAAGUCCAGUCCUCAAGGCCCACUGUCCUGCAUGGUUUAGAUGUUUCCCUGCUCCAACACACCUGAUUCAAAUGAUCAGCUCGUUAUUAAGACAUUUCAGAGCUUGAUAACGAGCUGAUCAUUUGAAUCAGGUGUGUUGGAGCAGGGAAACAUCCAAAACAUGCAGGAUGGGGGGCCUCGAGGACUGGACUUGAGAACCACUGGUCUAAAAGACACUUAUCUGGCACGUCAGGGCUCUAGAAACUAACUUUUUUUGUGAGCAGUUUGAGGCAACUUACUUUGUAAAUGUAUUUAAAAUGGGUAGCAUGUCUGGGUCAGCCCGCCGCGGAGUUUGAGACAGACGUGGAGCAGCAGGACUACUGAGGUUAGUGACACAGAGCUGCUCUGCCUGUCUGUCUCUGGUGUGAAGGAGCUUCUUACUCGGUGGCUGCAGCUGUAGCAUGACACAGUGUCUGCAGGAGUCAUUGUUUGUGUAGGGACACUAAUAUGUGCGUUUUCAGUGCAAAAUAAAGAGAGAAAACACGCGUCGUCUCUGGUCUGAGUGCCAUAAAUAGUUUUCGUUCGUUAUCCCGACCCGACCACUGGCUCCUGUUUUCCCUGUUUUCACUAUUUAGAAAUAGCUUAUCUUCACACAGAUGGGCUCAUUCGCUGUUGCAGAUGACAGGGAGACAUCAGCAGAAACAAGAGAUUUUUCAAAUCUAGUUAAAAGUUCUGUAAAGGAAGGUUAAUAUCACCGAUAUUCCUAUCUUACUCUUUGGACAUUUUAAUUUGGUAUCACGAAUGGUCAGUUUAGAGAGAUAAAUCGUUCAGUUUUUGUUGUACAGGAUAAUCCCCUCCAGUGCCUGAGUGUCCUUUUCAUAUUAAUUCAGCUGAACUUAUAUAAUGUUAAUGCUGAAAGAUUUGAAGGUCAUCACAAACAGAUGUGACAGAGCUUUUGCUGUUCGACUUUUGGAGUCCUGUGGUCGUACAGUUGCUUUUCCAGGUAAUAUGAAAAAAUAUUAACGUCUCUGUUUUGGUCUCCCUCCACAGAAACACAUGCUGAAGGAAGGGAAAGGCCGUAUGCUGCAGGCCAUCAGCCCCAGGCAAAGCCCCAACAGUAGCCCCACCCGAGAGGAACGCUCCCCAUCCCCCACCUUCCGCCUCCCCUUCUUCACCAAGACCUCCCCACCUCCCUCCCCUCCGUCUCACCACAGCGGCGCCCGUGGAUACCUCAUCAGCGAUGACGAUGAUGAGGACGACGAAAACUAGAGGCUUCUCACCUCUUCACUCUUGUCUGAGCUGCAGUCAGUUUCAACUGAUGUCGAGGAAUGCAAUCGAGGAGCUCCUGCUUCUUUAUUCUUUAUUCUGUUGUUUAUGAUUUUACUCUGACCUUUAGCACUUCAUUUUUAUGUUCACUGUAACAAUCAGUUUCCUCACUACUUUUUGUUCUCAGCAGCCAGUUUGAUCCUUUUUUUUUGUUUCGUGUCACGGUCAGUAAAGAUUCCCACUAGUCACCUGAGUUCUUUUGAAAGUAGUUCUAUUCAUCUCAGUCACUUUUGAUGAAGAGUUUUUAGUCCCUCACCGUCGCUCGGGAAUAUGUGCGGCUUUUACACUCCGUAUUCUUAAGUGGCGUUUUAGUGAGGUAGAAGUUUCUGUUUGUGUCACUUUUUUUUUUCCGAGGCUUUCUUUAGCGGGACGGCUCACAGGUUUUUGGUCACAUGUUGAAGCAGCACAUAGAGUUUGGUGUGGGAGGUUAGCUGAAACCUCGUAGAGACACUGUUCUUUAUCCGCGAUUGCAAAGUUUUUCAGAGCAGGUUCAGGAAACUGGACUUCUUGAUGAUCUGCUCAUGUUGGGCGGUCGAUGUUCUGCUCACACUAACAAACCAAGCAACUUGUCUUUAUUUUUAACGACAGGCAACAACCUGAGCCUAAUCUGAGGGUUGAGUGUUAAACGUCUUCUAAAACAGCAGCUUCUUCCCACGUUUGUCUGCCUGCUUUGGGGCUGUACAUGUCUGUGUGUGCAUGUCAUGUAUGUGUGUGCAAGCUCUUAACGUCGGCAUGUUUCAAAUGUCUUCUGGUAACAAACACCAUCUGCUGACAGAUCUCGGUUCAGCUUUGACUAAUGGUAAUAAAAUCGCUUUUUAAGUGUUCAGUCCUCAGAGGACGAGUUUCAAACUGGAUGUGCGUUCAAGAAAGUCAUUGAAGUAUGACCCAUUUAAACGUGGAUAUAGAAAUACUUAUUCUUGUAGAUGUCCUCUUUUCUGUCUCCAGCCUCUGUACAGAAAGUGUUCUUAGUCGACUCGGUUUUAAGGUGCUUUACAGGCUGAGCACCGAGUCAACACGAGCAGGGAUAGAGGAGUUGUAGGUAUUUUUGUAGUGCAGAUUCUGCAUCACCUGGACCUGUUGAGAAAUAAUAAACAACAUCUGGAACACAUGAAGAUUACAUUAUUAAGUAUUAGGUUUUAGCAGGGACCUGAGAGCUGUUUCAAAACCCUUCUUUCUACAAGAGUGAGGCCACAAGCACAUGAAUAAGGCCUGCAGCACAAGGAUGGCACAAAUAUACAAGAUGAGCCAAUAACUUUUCCAAACAGUCAUCAGUGCAGAGGUGUGAUAGAUGAGACUACUCUGUGUGGUGUGAUGGAUUCGGUUUAUAUGCACCGUUCAGACUCCACAGCAAAGUCUUCUGUUUAUAGCUACCUCCUUCUUUCCUCUUUGUUUCAAAUAUGAGCACAAAGUUUGAGUAUUUUCCCCCUUUCUUGAACAGAGCCAUUGUUGCAGCACGGACACAAUGUCACUGGGUGAAAUAUUUGAGAUUUUCAGGCUGUUUGGGUGUGCAUCUCCGUUGAUUCAGCAUGUACUGUGUUUCCUGUAUAACCGUAACAAUUGUACCAUCACAGAUGAAAUGCAUCCCUGUCAGUGGAAUCAGGUCUUCAUUUUGUCACACAUCAGAUUUAUCUGUUGAAGGCUCAGCCUCCCAAGAGCACUUGUUUUAGCUGAUCUCAAUUUCAGACUCCUUCUGUUCUGAGUUUAAAUCUACAUUCAAGAUUGUGAGAGUACAUUUACUGCUAAAGUCAUGUCCUGCAGAAAUCCAGCCUAGAUUUUGGUGCUUAGCUACUUUUGGGAAGCCUCGCCUUGAUUCUUGUGGAAUCUCGUCCUUUUAAAUCAGUGUGAACUUCUCAUUAACAGCAUGUCCACGUGAUGAGUUUUAAUGGCAAAGACUCGGGUGGUAAACCUAUAACAGCCACUACUGCAAGAUUUAAAUGUAAACAUUUUAACAGCAAGUGUUUAAUCAUGUUUUGUUUUACCGUUUGGGGUUUAUUUUUGUUUUAUGUCCUGGAUGUAGAGGAGGAACGAGACAGGAAAAAAUGUAUUAAAACAUGUUGGCCAAAGCGUUUCUUGACCUUAUUGUGUCCUUCAA